UCCAGAAGGUGUGCAACUGGCGGUUCCUAUACAGGGUGUUAUUCCGAAUCCUCCAUCUCCCGGAUCCUCUUUUUCUGGCGAUGGCCAAGUUGUCCCCCGUAGCCCAAACUGAAUUGUGGAUUGACAGCAGCGACGGAUGGGGAGGAAGAUUCACUAUGAACUACUUUUGCUAUUAUGGUAGUCAAGGUUGCCCAUGUUUUUGGCAACGUCAUGGUAUUUUGUUAAGUAGUGUGUGGAGUAUCUCGGAAACUUUAACAUGGAGGUGUAGAAACAUU